GCCGAAAGUUCACUCGCUGAUUUCGACGACGAAUGUGACGAAACCAGCGAAUGGCCGACACACGAUGCAGGUGGUUUUUGACUGCAUAAUGGAAAUGCGGAAAUGCACGAACGAGAUACAGACAGGAGUGCCGAGACCGGAGUGCAGUUUGGCAGUUCAGCCGCAAGCGGCGUUUCGAAAAGGACGGGGCGGCGCCACGGACUCGAGGUUCAACCCGCGCCGGAUCGAGCGGCAGUGUGUGUCUUAGGGCGCGCUCUGAACAACAUCCGUCGUGUUCUCCUCCACACCAGCCUCGACUCGUGCCGCCGCUUCGAAACCCGCACGGGCUGCAAAAUGCCCCUGUGACCGCCCAAGCCGCCCAGUCCUGACAUGACUCUGCCGAGGACGCUGCUCUCGAGGGCCCGUGGCUGCCGGCGCGCCGCCAAGCCCAACCACCUGUCCCUCUUCUACCUUGUCAUCAUUUUGGCUGAAGUGUUGACUGAAGAGGCUCGACAGCCACGCUUCGCCGAGCCCAUUCCGAAUGUGACGGUUGCGCUCGGCAGGGACGCGUCGCUGCCCUGCGUCGUCGAGCACCUCGGCACCUACAAGGUCGCCUGGAUCCACAUAGACCGACAGAUGAUUCUUACCAUUCACCGGCACGUGAUCGCAAGAUUGCCGCGAUUCAGCGUGUCCUUCGACAACCAGAAGACGUGGUUGCUUCACGUGUCGGGCGUCCAGCAGGAGGACAGGGGUUACUACAUGUGCCAGGUCAACACCAACCCGAUGAUUAGUCAAGUCGGCUACUUGCAAGUCGUUGUUCCGCCCAACAUCCUGGACGAGGAGAGCACGCAGUCGGCAGUCGCCGUUAGAGAGAACCAAAAUAUUACCUUGACGUGCAAGGCCGAUGGCUUCCCGUCGCCGAAAAUCAUGUGGAGGAGAGAAGACGGACAAGGAAUAACAAUUGACCGCCGCAAGAAAGCUUCCGCUGUUUCAGUGAACGUCUACGACGGGGAUCAGCUGAACCUGACGCGGAUCAGCCGCACAGAGAUGGGCGCUUACCUUUGCAUCGCCACCAAUGGAGUGCCACCCUCCGUCAGCAAGAGGAUCAUAGUCGACGUUGAGUUUUUGCCGAUGAUAUGGGUGCCGAACCAGUUGGUGGGCGCCCCUGCAGGCACAGACGUGACCAUCGAGUGCCACACCGAGGCGUACCCGCGAGCAAUCAGCUAUUGGGUUUACGACUCGGUGAUGCUGCUCUCGACCAAGAAGUACAUCACGUCGACCACGGAGAACAGCUACCGCACGCACAUGAAGUUGACCAUCAGGAACCUCAGGGACAAGGAUUUCGGCAACUACCGGUGCAUUGCCAAGAACUCGCUCGGCGAAACCGAGGGAUCCAUUAGACUUUACGAAAUCCCAAUGCCAUCGGUUCCACCGAAAGCGACUGAAAUUCGCAGUGGAGCAAGCAAAGAUGAGCGUGUGGUCGGCAGAAACUCGACUCGGCCCUCAGAAAUCACUCCUCUCGGUGGCGAACAGGCGUCUGGCACCAAGAGGGGGGCGAGUUUCUCCUCUUCAGAGGUGUCUGCGGUGACCCCCAAACCCAGACCUGCACCUCCAUCCGUUGCAGAUUCGCAUGGUGAUCAAGGCUCGAGCAGCAUGUCCGUCUGGUGUGGACAACCGCAAAUAGCGCUCGCCAGCGCCACCGCCGUGCUCAUACGAGGCAUCUGGCCCAUUCGUUUACCUGCUAAUUAAAAGCGAGCCAGCGAGCGUGUCUCAUAUUAACUGAAACUAUAUCUUGCUCACGCCACGACGGACGAGCGGCUCCGUCGUGUCAACUGCGCCACGAUUGAUUUUCCCAGUGCCGCCGACGAAAAUGGUGAUGAUGAAUUUCCAAGUGCCAAAAUUUCCCGAGUGACAAAACACGUUGGACGCGGCGCAAGCAGACGCGAGAGUGACAACACAAUCUUCCACCAGUGUGAAUGCUGCAGUGAUUCGGAUCGGUGUCCCGCGGUUUACGCGAUCAAAUUGUAUAAUAAUUAUUAAACAACAAAAAAGAUUGUAAAAUUAGCCCGCCCCUGGAUCUUCCGGACCAAAAUCAAUCCUAUCGUCGGAGAGUGUUUUGAGUUUGGAUUUUUGGGACACUGCCCGGCGCUGAUAUCAAACAAGCUGCGCUUUAUUGUGAAGAUGGAUGAGUGUGCUGUCUUUUUUUUCUUUCAAAUUAUGCAUUUUUAUUAGAAAAAGGCGGAAAAUUUUUACAGCUACCGUCCCAAAUCAUUUAUUAAUUUGAUGAUCUUUUAAUUAUUUUGUUUGAAGUGACAUUUGAGGAGAUGAUCAUUGAAAUGAAGAGAUUGGACUUUUCUUAAAAUGGUUUUUAUUAAUAAAAAAAAGUUUUGGUCACGGUCUGCGACCCUAUUUCAUGAACAAAAAAAAUUUAAAAAAAUCAGCAAAAUUGAAAAACACCAAAAUUUGAUUUUUUUUUCUAGCUCCUGAAAUAGGGUUGCAGACCGUGGCCAAAAGAGACGUUUUGAUUUUGAAUGAAAACAAAUUUUACAACGAGGAAAAGCCCGAUCUCUUCAUUUUCCUUUUAAUUAUUUUUAAUGAAUAAUAACAAACAAAAAGAGAAAAUAUUUUUAUUUAAUUUAAUUUUGUUGGUGGAUUUUUUCAAAUUUUGACAUUGAUGAUGGAGUUUCUUAGCUAUAAUCCAAUCUUAAUAACAAAGGAUUUUUUUAAGAAAUUCAUUAAGAAUAAAUAAAGUCCCAAUUUAUUUAAUGAUCAAAUUCACUGUUCUAGAUAAAUAGAACAAUGCAUCUGAAAAUUAGGAGCACAUCUGUUCUUUUUUUUAUGAGGAGGUCCCAAGUGGUAAAACUUUCAAUUUUUAAAAAAUCAAGAAUAUUAUAAUUGAAGAUACUUCAUCAUCAAUUUUUAACAAUUAAUUAAAAGUUGGAAAGUUUUUUGUUAUUUUGUUUUGGCAAAUAAUGACCGCCUGCUAUAAUUACUGUGAAUGUUUUACACGACGGCAGUGUCCGAAGAGAGAGAAAGUGAGUUGAAAAUAUUAAAAGUAUUUGAAGAAACCCCUCUAAACUGCACUCUUCUAAUAUUAUCAUCAAGGAAUUAAUUAUAUCACAAGAGCUUUUGUAUGAAUUUCGGUUGAAAAGUAGUUGAGUGUAGUUGACGUGCACAAAGACACACAACUCAAAACACACAAAUUACAUUACUUUAUGAUGGAUUUAACGAGAUAUAAAAUGCACUGUAAUUUAAAUAAACAUGAAAAGAACCCUCCCAUGUUAUAUAUGAAUAUGAAAACGGCUCUCUUUAUACACACAUAAUGAUAACGGAUAUAUUUUAUGUUGACUGUAUAUAUUGCGACCAUCAUUGGAUGUAGAGACAAAGCGACUAUGCGCAAAUUAAAAAAAAAAGAAAUACAAUUUAGUAAAAAAUAUAUCAUCACCGACAAGAGGGAAAAAGCAGUAAGUGUGCAACUACGACCUCAUCAAUUUUGCGCGGCCCACGCGCAAAGGAUGCCAAACCACAGAUCAAUUUUAAUAGAGGCAAUUGACAAGACUAAUCAAUUAUGUGUCACGAGCAUCCAGUCAAUAAAAUCAUGUUUCAUUCAAUUUGA